UUCAAGACUUUGAUUGCUUCCGAGUCAAAGCAGUUGACUUUCGAUUCUCUCUCUCCCCUUCUGCUUUUCGUUCUUGCGGAUUUUGUAAACAAAGAUUAGCCAUUAAUCUCCUCUGUUUUUUGACGCUAAUCUCUCUCCGUUGGGUUGAUUUCCUCACCGACCAUGGAUUCCGUGGAAGAUCUUUACGAGGACUACGACGAAAACAUCUACGACGCGGAUCAGGAUCACGGGUUCGACGAGGAAGACGACGAUGAUUUCGCAGAUUUUGCCUCGGAACACCAGAGAAGGUACGCCAUUUUAACGGAAGAAGACAUUCGAAAACGUCAGAAAGAUGACAUUGAAACGGUUUCCACGAUCCUCUCCAUCUCCAAAAUCGAAGCAAGUCUCCUGCUCCGUCACUGUCGAUGGAGUGUUACGGAAGUUAACGAGGAAUGGCUAUCGGACGAAGAACGAGUCCGUAGAGCCGUCGGUCUAUUGGAUAGAACCAUCGUUCCACCUUCUGGUGCCGGAGAAGGACUGAAAUGUGGAAUCUGUUUCGAGUCUUGCCCUACCGAGAAGCUUUCCUCCGUUUCCUGUGGCCAUCUUUUCUGCCCCGAAUGCUGGGAAGGUUACAUCAGCACGAGCAUCAAUGGCGGUCCAGGGUGUUUGAUACUGAGAUGUCCUCACCCGUCUUGUCCAGCCGCCGUUGGUCAAGAUACGAUCUCGAGAUUUGCAUCAGAGGAAGAGAACGAGAAGUAUGAUCGGUAUUUUCUGAGAUCAUACGUUGAAGACAACAGAAAGAUGAAGUGGUGCCCUGCCCAGGGAUGUAACUACGCAGUUUACCUUGCUUCUGGCUCCAGAAGUUACGAUGUUUCCUGUCUAUGUCUGAACAGCUUUUGUUGGAACUGCACCGAGGAGGCUCACAGUCCCGUGGACUGUGAAACAGUUGAAGAUUGGUUGCUAAAGAGAAGCUCUGGAUCUGAAAACCUGAACUGGAUAAAGGCCUAUACAAAGCCUUGUCCGAUGUGUGGGCGGCCAAUCGAGAAGAGCUCGGGCUCGAACAAGAUGACAUGCUCACCGCCUUGUUCAUUUGAGUUCUGUUGGCUUUGCCUUGAGCCGUGGUUAGAUCAUGGGGGAAGAAAUGGUGGCCUUUAUGCUUGUAACGAUUAUUUCAAAGCCAAGAAAGAGGAGACUGAAAGGAUGCGGAAAAUGGUGAAAGUUCCACUGGAGGAAUACGUGCGUUACCACGAACGUUGGGCGAGCAACCAAUCGUUGAAGGAAAAGGAUAUCGCAGAUCUAAACCUCGUGGAAACGGUGCAUCUUCAGAUGCUAAGCGACAUUCAGUGUGAGCCGAGAUUUAAGCUCCAGUUCAUCGUAGAGGCAUGGCUUCAGAUCAUCGAAUGCAGGAGGGUUCUGAAAUGGACGUGCGCGUAUGGGUAUUACCUGCCCAAGAACGACCGCACCAAGAUUCAAUUCUUCGAGCAUCUGCAAGGUGAGGCGAAAUCAUGUCUGGAGAGGCUCCGCCACUGUGCAGAGAAGGAACUCGAGCAGUAUCUCAACAAUGCCGAUUGCCCGUCAAACGAUUUCGAUGAUUUUCGGAGAAGGUUGAGCCAUUUGACCAGCGUGACAAAGAACUACUUUAAGAAUCUGGUGGAAGCUCUGCAGAGGGGACUGAGUCAUGUAGACCCGAGCGGAGCUUGCAGCGAGUUGACCAGCUCAGAGUUUAGAAAGGGUUACGGGAGCAUGACCAGAGCUGUCGUGAAGGGUAAAUGAAGCAGUUCCGAGGACUGUGGAGAGCUGUCGCGAAGGGUAGAUGAAGUAGUUCCAAGUGCUGCGGUUCCCUCCUUCACCAAUCGUAUGGUAGUUUGAUACUUAGUGUAUAUGUGUAUGUUGUGUCUUGUCUGAAACAAAAUCUUGCAGAAGAAAGACCAGAUAGUACGUGCGGUUUUAAUAAAAAUGCCCUGCCGAUUUGCAUA